CAAAUAAACUGAUGAAGGCUCUGGAAUAUCGCCACUGGAAACCCGGCAUUAUACCGGGCCACUACUUGAACGACAUCUGCUUUCAGUUAAAUUCAAUGAUUAUAAAUCUUUGAAUAGUUUUAUAAAUAUUAUUUUUUUAUGAUCUACUCAAACGUGAAAACUUUGGACAAUGGCUGUUUCUACGGACGUUGCUACGAUCAGAGCACAAAGAUACUUAAAUGCACCGUUAGUGGAACGAUGCAAGGAUCUGGCUAUACUGAUAGAUGAGUCGAGCACAACUGAGCUGCAACUUGUUUUUCCUCUGCUGAUAGAUUCUUUAUUUGGAAUAACGGACAAUAUCGGAUGGGGUCUACGUAAUGUUACACUCCAGAGAAACCCACAAGAGUAUGAAGCUCUCUGCAAUUUUCUCGGCCCUCAAGGGCCGAUGUUCUCUUUGUGCUACAAACUACUUCCAGACUGUUACCUGAAAUAUAAUUUCCCAGUGUCAUAUCUUCCAUCAAAAAUACGCUCCUUGUUAGAGGAAGCUGUAAUAUCACCAUUUUAUCUUGACAAGAUCAAAGAUGAUCAAGGAACACGUGUCCCAUCAGUUUUAUCCAUGAAUCCCUUUGAAUAUUACAUUUUUCAUUUCGCAUACCAUUUGACCAAUCCUUGGCUGCAACUUCUACAACGAGAGAAUGUAUGGGUAAAUUGGGAAACCGUGUAUGUUCAGUUAGCGCACUGCUAUUUAUAUCAUUUUCUUCCGAGAGACAAUACUGCAGUUCUACCAGUGAUUGGGCCGUAUGUCAAGAAAACUCCUCCGAGAAAAUUGACUCAGUCACCGGAAUACAAGAGAUUACAAACUCCAAGACUUUUGAGAACGUCCAUAUUAUCGCCAGGAUCGAUGAGUCCUGGGGCGGGAGUGUCGCAACAACAGUGCUUACCCCAAGUGUGGAGAAGUGAGACUGUGGUGCAGGUUUUUCUAGACUUUUGGCUGGAGUACACGGAAGAUGAACAGCUGACUUCUCCAUUAAGUGUGGCAUUUAUGGCAUCGAUGCCACGACGACAUAGUGUACAUUCUGGAGAACAUAUACGCCUUGUGCGAGCGUUCAUAAAAACACUACAUGAAUUUACAAAUAGCGCUACCGGAGACAAGAGCGCGAUGGAUGAGUUGAAAAGAAUAAUUCUUCCCUCGGUUCAGGGAAAGAUAUAUACAUUUCUGCGAAAAGCUAUAUAUCAUUGGCCAUUGGACAGUUCGUUUAGAUUAAUACUGGAAGCUUGGUUAAGCUUCGUCCAGCCGUGGAGAUAUGUUCCAGGAAUAACAUAUACUAAAGAAGGUAAAGCAGAGGAGGAAGAAAGAGGCAAAAUCCACGAUAUCGACAGGUGGAUCGCUUUCGUUGCUAACAAUCUGUUGGCGUAUACGGCUAUAUUCCAACAAUUGCUCCCACGAUUCAUGAGGACUGAUCUGGUAGCGCCCAAGAAUGCUUUGAUGUUAUUCAGAGUCACAAAAGUAUUUUCGCAGCCGCAUUUAGCAAAAAUGAUAUCCGAGGUGGAGAGCUGCAUGGACGACGUAGGCUUAAGCAGAGGCCGGUUAUCUACCAAUCAGUGGACCUCGAUUGUCAGACAACAAAUUCUCGAAUUGGAAGGUCCGACUUAUCAAUACGUGCCUAUGUUUUCAUCGGCCAUCACUUCACAGAUUGUAUGGUUUUUGAGCACCAUUAAGCAAGCGCAUCUAACGGCGACCAGUUUGAUCGAGGCUCUGGAAAACAGGAGGAAAGGGAGGCCUCUUUUCUUUUCUAUGUUGGAGUUCUUCUCUUGCGACGAUUAUUCCUUGGACGACAUCGGUAUAGAAGAGCGACGACGCGUUCCUGUGUUCCUGGUCAAUGCCCAACAGCAGCUCAUAGAUAUAUUUCAAAUCAAACUCGAGGACAUUCCGCAAGUCGCUAUAGUGGCGGAUCAAGAAUAUCACGACAGCAUUUUGUCGACUUCCUUCUGCCAACAGUCACAGACGGAACCUAGCCUCGAUUCGAGUAAACCGGGUGUUUUUGUGCCGCUGCAAGAGGGUAGGCAAACGUGCCGGUACAUCGAGUACAUGGGCGACCCGGAGUUGCAGCCGGUACGGACGUACGAGUGCGCCUUUCUCGUUAGAAAUUUCUACAAGCUGUGCUGCUACAUCAAUCACAAGUAUCAGCACGACAUAACCGCGCUGUACAGCAGACGGAGCUUCUUCGGCACUGUUUGUCGGCAACUGCUCGUGCCGCCGACCACGGUCGUCAAGUUGCCGAAACGAACGCCGUACGGAUUCACCAGCGGCUGCGAGGAACGGCUGCCGGCCCGUUUAAGUUUACGACCCUUGGCCAGUUACACCUUCCUCUUGGUUGUGAUGCUCGGCAUAUUCGCAACAUGGAUUUUCAACUACAGCCCGUUCGCAUUUCUGGGAUUCGCAUUCUGGGUGUGGAUUAUGUACAUAAUCAUGCGUGCGAUCUUGCAACAUUAUUUCCUACCAGGCUCAAAUACCACCAGAUCGAGCGCAGACACGUACCUCGUUAACCGAUAACACUUUCGGUUUCCGACAGUUAUAUAUGUAACAACUAAACUACUUUCAUAAUUUUAUAUGCUAUGAUUAUAUGUAAGCUACUGCUCCAAGAACAAUUGUGUUUACAUUUACGGAUUUAUUUAUAAUCAUGUGGCGCAAAGAGGGAACGUUUGUUAUAUAAACACGAGAAAAGAAUAGGA